ACCAAACAAAGGAUGAUAAAAGGGCCCGAGGGGACCCAGUUUUACCGCGCCGUCGGGAAGAAAUCUUACUGGAUCAAAUUUCAAACUUCAUGAAACUGAGACUUCUUGGCUUGGGGGUUGUGGUGGUUGGGUUGAGGGGUAUCAGCGUGGUGUCCGCACAAGACUGCUACGCCAACACCACAUACGGGGACUUUUACGUGGACGUGAAGAACUUCUACACCCAGGAUGAACUAGACGCCUACACGACGAACUGCACCACGCUACAUGGGGAUAUAGGUUUCGGGACGAAUUUCACCGGUUCGGCGGUGGUGAAUAACCUCAUUAACAUCACCGGGGUCGUCACUGUGGGAUCGAAUUUAACUGCCAUUGAGUUUCCGGAUCUCCUGUCGCUGGGGUCCGUGGAUGUGGACUCGGAUAAGUUGAGGUCGAUUUCGAUGCCGAAAUUGGAGUCCGUCGCGAGCUUUAAUAUUGAUAAUGCGGAGGAGUUGAGGUUCUCGUCGCCGAGGGUGGCCAAGGCGGAUUAUAUUUGGAUUACGGGGGAAUUGGAUAGUCUUGAUUUACCCAAGUUGGAGACCGUGACUAGGGUGUUGGAGAUAUGCAGUGAUUCGGAUUGUACGACUCCGCCUGGGACGGCGUUUGAUGUUAUUUUGCCGGCGUUGCGGAAUGCGAGUGAGGUGAAGAUUGCAGGGAAUCUUUCGAGCUUGUCGUUGCCGGUGCUUGCGACUACCGGAUGUGGCGGGCAAUAUGCUGGUGUCUAUGUUUCGAAUAAUGGACAUCCGUUGAAUAUGAGCUUUCCUGAGCUUACCAAUGUGACGGAGAGUCUUAAAUUGAAGGGGGCGAUGAGCGGUGUAAACCUCCCAUCUCUGCGCAAUACAACGGCAGAUAUCACGAUUGAUAGCUCGACGAAACUAGACGUGGAUCUUUCGUCGCUCGUCGAGACGAGUAAAAUCUUUCUGAAGGGGAAGAUCUCAUCUGCGAAUUUCGCUUCUCUCAAGGUGUUUACAGAAGUGGAAAUCGAAUCGACGGUCCGUAUUGAUUGUAGGACAUCGCUACCGCAGAAUAUAACAUCCACCGAGCUGACAGUUUGUUCCUCGACUGCGGUGUCAAAAAGCUCGGGCAUCUCGGGUCGCUCUAUCAAGAUCGGAGUGGGGGUUGGUGUGGGAGUCGGUGGGGCGAUCGGUCUUCUUAUCAUCGUUAUUUGGAUGUAUAGGAGAGAUCUGAAGCGGAAGAAGAGGGCCAGUCAGGCUGUAGCGACGCUGGAUGUGUAUGGGUUGCAGGAGGGAGUGGGGGUUGAUAGGGCUGAUACGGCGCCUCCGCCGUAUUCACGGUAUUAG